AUGGACCAGGACAACCCAACCUCCGUCCCAGAGAACCUCAAAUCCCGACUCAGGGACUCGUACGACGCCAUCGCAGAGGCAUACACCCACUGGUCCACCAGAGGUGCCGCCAUCCGCCUCUCCUACCUGGACAAGCUCCUCGGCCUGCUCUCCCCUUCGCACAGGGACAUCCUCGAGGUAGGAUGCGGCGCCGGCAUCCCCACGACCGAGAAGCUGCUGGCCCGCAGCCCCCGGUUCCGCAUCACCGCCAACGACCUGUCCUCCUCCCAGAUCGAGCUGGGCAGGAAGCGCCUGGACGAGGCUUGCAGGGCUGACGCGGACCGGGUGGCCUGGGUCCAGGGCGACAUGAUGAGCCUCGACUUGCCUGACGCGGCCUUUGAUGUGGUGCUCGGCUUCUACUGCAUCCAGCACCUGCCCCGGGACGAGCAGGCCGCCAUGAUCCGCAGGGUCGCGGCCUGGCUCAGGCCGGGGGGCUACAUGCUCAUCAACUUCCCGGCCAAGGAUGAUGAGAACGUGGUCAUGACCGGCUGGAUGGGCGAAAAGGGCUGGGUAUACCACAGCGGCUGGGAGGCUGACAGGUACAGGCAGCUGUUGAGGGAGGCGGGCCUGCAGCUGGUCUUGGACGAGGUGAGGCAAGAUAAUGUCAAGGCAGAUUUCUUGUGGGUUGUUGCCAAGAAGCCACAGAUUCCAGCGGUAUAA